GCACCCGAUGGUAAUCCAACAGCCAUGAAAGUCAAUAAUCAAAAUGGCGGUGCAGGGGAUGGGCGGAAUCCCAUGUAUUGACAUCAUUUUGAAGAAAAUUCCAGGUGCUGGUCUUGGCUUUAGCAUCGCUGGGGGAAUCGACCAGGAUAAAACCAAAAACCCUUUCAUCCCAGGUGACGAGGGAAUCUUUGUGAGUGCCAUCAAGCCGGGGACACCAGCAGAACUAGCAGGGUUGGCAGUUGGGGACAAGAUACUAGAGGUCAACGGCCUAGACCUGACAAUGUCCACGCACAGCCAUGCCAUCAAGCUACUCACAAAGGAGAAGUUCACGGUGCUGAAGAUGAAGAUUUAUCGGCGGGGCAUCUAGGAUUGCCCACCGCUCUCAGCCCCAAGGCAGUUACCUGCUUACCAGGGAGAGCUUCGUGCUCAGCAGAAUGUAGAUCUCUGGUAAGCGUGUAUACUAUGGGUGUGUCCUCCUGCAUUGAAGCAGAGGAAUACUAGAAUUGGUGAAUCAAGUUUCAGAACCGGAAAUAUCGCCUCCCACCCUUUUUUUCCCCACCCCCCCAUUCCACCUUCACCUUCAUUCUAAACCACUUCUUUUUUGGUGGAAAAAUUACAGAAAAACCACUGAAAUACCACAUUUCUGUAGCUGGUUACAAAUGAGUCGAAUCCAAGUGUUUAGUAGAUUUUGGCAAAAUACCAGUUUACCAUCGAUCUUGGACUUGACUGUCUGUGCUCAAUGCAGGGGAGAAAAAAGUCUGUCAGUGAGCUGAGAGACUUUGAAAGUUUCAGGCAGUUGCACCUUCCAACCUCCCUCUGCCUACCUUUACCUCUUUAUGGGUCUGCGAAAAGUAGGAACUAGUUUUGAUAGCUUGUGGAAUUUUAUCAGAGUGUGAGAGCUUGAAAGUGUGGAAAUAAAUGCACCAUUUGGGUAUAUUUAUGUGUGUUUUGCCUCAAGAAAGUUAGAUCUACGAAGUUUUAAAGCAAAUUUCAUUUGAACAACUCUCAGAGUUGCCUGUAUGCUAGCAUACGCUUAUCUGUGUGAAUUUUACACAUUUUAGACAUGUAUUGUGUAGGAAGCGAGCACGGAUGAGUACAAUUAUAAACAUUCAGUAAAAAAAAUUUAAAAAACAGUACUUGCUGAAAUCACUUUAUUGGACAAUUAUUUUGUGUGACAAUUUGAAGUGUGAGUUUGAGCCUUCAACCAUUCAAUUGGCGUUCAGAUUGCUUCUGGGUGAUAUACUUGUUGCAUUAGGAAAGAUUGCCUGGAUAGUGCCAGAUGAAAUGUAUGUGAUUAGGGUAUUCCAAAGAACAAAGUUAAAUGUAUUCUUUCUAUCUGUACAGUCUUAGUCCACAUUGAGUUUGUUGUAACAGGAUCCAAUCGAAAGACGUCAGCGUGCCAUGUGGCCACACAUUAUCCCUGUGAUUGGCUACCCCUGCAGUAGGCAGAUGUUUGGUCAGCAGUAGAUCGAUUGCACCUGCUAAGUCACGUGACCUGUGGGUCCUGAGCUGGACCAAGAGAGGGCGCAAUUUUCCUAGCAACAGAGGGUCCUUUGGUACUUGUAGAGUACUAACUGCACAUCGCUGGCUCACGAACGACUGUGAAACGUAAACGUUGCAGUUGCGUCGCUACCAACAACAGGAACACUCCCAAUCAAUAGAGCUCUUUUCGACCAAUGAGAGGGGUGCCUCUGGGUAUCAAACAUCAACAAACGGACCAUCCUCCCAUAGCAAAGUGUGUCACAAGUGUCAUUUACCAAAUAUAAAGCCGACGGUUGGUAACGUAGUCAGACUACUGAUGUGCUGAGCACUGUACGGAAAAUCGGGAGUAUUUUUGGUAAACAACACUUACAGUAUGACACCCUUUGCUAUGGAAAGAGGCCAUGUUUGUUGACGUUUGAUACCCACUAUAGGUCAUGUAACUUAGCUGGCGCAAUCGGUCUGUUGUACAUUGUAAACAAGACAGUGAGGCUCGCUUUCACGUAAAAGAAUAGUGAGUUUUUGUCAAAAGGCGUAAAGGUCACCACUUGGUUGUCGUUAUUUAGCACUAGGUGUUGGCUCCGCAUUUUUCUUAAUUUUUUUUCCCGUUAACAUGUAUAAAACUGACCUAUCACAUGCAUGUUUAUGUGAGUGCCAUGUCAUUUCGGUCAAUGAGAUCACCCGAUACUAUUUCAUUUGAUAGUGAUUCAAAAUACAAAGUUCCAGAUUGACAAAGCUCAUCUGCAAGCGCAGGAGUGCCAAAUACACUUAUCCACUCAAUGCCAAAGUAUUCCCCUAUGAGCGAGAGAAAAUGAGUGACUGGGCACCCGGCGGCGUCUAGUGGCCCGUACAUUUCCAAUAAAAAUGAACCUGUGUGCAUAUGCAUUGUGUGCCCAUCAGCGCUUCUCUAUGCACAUAGCCUGAGCUGAAGAGAAAGGUCCGUCAGUUCUUAGAAUUUAAGUUUGAUGACAUACCCAAAGUGUAAAGAACAGGCUCGUGGGUAAAACAGAGUAGACUUUAUUUGAAGAUUACAAAGUGACAAAUUUGGAAGUGACUAAAAGUCAAAUUGAUUGAUUUGACAGUUGUUUAUUAAUGCAAUAAGAGUAACAGUGGCAGUACUGGACAAAAACCAAAGCUUUGAGUGAGGUAGUUAAACGGCUUUGUAGUAAACUUAUUCGGAUUAAGCGAUUUACAUGUAGGUAAGCACUCAGUUUUUAGUGAUUCAGUUGAAUGUAUGUUCGGAUUCAAUUGGAGCAAGCCUUUAUGUGGCUGUAACGAGUGCAUGGAACUAGUUGGAAACAUUUGACCAGGUUGCCUUCUGUGACGGCAGGCAGCACCUCAGAGGCGUCUAAACAUUGUGUUGGUUGUCAUGUACAGAUCUUGAGGGUGCAGCUUGUUUGUUAGGGUUGGUAACUCUCGACCAGAUUGUCAGGGGUUCGAUUCCAGCUGUUGGCCAUAUGCUGUAUGCUUAGGCCAGCCACUCAGGAAAGUAAAUGAGCACCGGCAUUGGCUGUGGAGUAACUUAUGACGGGCUGGCAUCCCCAUACAAGGGGAAUGGAACAUUCUCAGUCACUUCACGUGGGGGAAACUGGAGAUGAACCCUGGCCCAGUGAGCCACACUGGUUUGAAUCAGACCGAUUGCAAAACCGUCUUGCACCCACCUUGUGUUUUCUCAAGUGGGGUUACCAAUAAUGUUAACUAUCGCAAAGUUUGCAAUUGUUCGACAAUCGUGUGAGGGUUUUUUAAGUAGGCUGCAAGAAAAAUCAGAGUUUCGGGCUUAAGGA